AUGCACCUCUCAAGGGCCCCAGUACCAGAGUACCUCUUGACGUGGUUCUGGGCUUCAUUGCGUCUUGUACAAAAAAAACCUUCUCUACACCAAGAACAUCACAUCAUCAACAUGGCCAUCACCAAGGUCUUCGCCCGCUCCGUCUACGACUCCCGUGGCAACCCCACCGUCGAGGUUGACGUCGUUACCGAGACCGGCCUCCACCGGGCCAUCGUUCCCUCCGGUGCCUCUACCGGCCAGCACGAGGCUUGCGAGCUCCGAGAUGGCGACAAGUCCAAGUGGGGCGGCAAGGGUGUCACCAAGGCCGUCGAGAACGUCAACACCGUCAUUGCUCCCGCUCUGAUUGAGAAGAACAUUGAUGUCAAGGACCAGUCCGCUGUCGAUGCCUUCCUCAACGAGCUCGAUGGUACCCCCAACAAGACCAAGCUCGGUGCCAACGCCAUCCUCGGUGUCUCUCUGGCCGUUGCCAAGGCCGGUGCUGCUGAGAAGGGCGUUCCUCUGUACGCUCACGUUUCCGACCUUGCCGGAACCAAGAAGCCCUAUGUCCUCCCCGUUCCCUUCAUGAACGUCCUCAACGGCGGUUCCCACGCUGGUGGCCGUCUCGCCUUCCAGGAGUUCAUGAUUGUCCCCACUGACGCUCCCUCUUUCACUGAGGCCAUGCGCCAGGGUGCUGAGGUCUACCAGGCCCUCAAGGGUCUGGCCAAGAAGCGAUACGGCCAGUCCGCCGGCAACGUCGGUGACGAGGGUGGUGUCGCCCCCGAUAUCCAGACUGCCGAGGAGGCUCUCGAGCUCAUCACCGAUGCCAUUGAGCAGGUCGGUUACACUGGCCAGAUCAAGAUCGCCAUGGACGUUGCCUCCAGCGAGUUCUACAAGGUGGAGGAGAAGAAGUACGAUCUUGACUUCAAGAACCCCGAGAGCGACCCCACCAAGUGGCUCACCUACGAGGAGCUCGCCAACCUCUACGCUGAGCUCAGCAAGAAGUACCCCAUCGUCUCCAUCGAGGACCCCUUCGCUGAGGACGACUGGGAGGCCUGGAGCUACUUCUCCAAGACCCAGGACAUCCAGAUUGUCGGUGACGAUCUGACUGUCACCAACCCUCUCCGCAUCAAGAAGGCCAUUGAGCUCAAGUCUUGCAACGCCCUCCUCCUCAAGGUCAACCAGAUCGGUACCCUGACCGAGUCCAUCCAGGCCGCCAAGGACUCCUACGCCGACGGCUGGGGUGUCAUGGUCUCUCACCGAUCCGGUGAGACUGAGGAUGUCACCAUUGCUGACAUUGCUGUCGGUCUCCGUGCCGGUGAGAUCAAGACCGGUGCCCCUGCCCGAUCUGAGCGUCUCGCCAAGCUCAACCAGAUCCUCCGAAUUGAGGAGGAGCUCGGUGAGGGCGCCAUCUACGCCGGUGCCAACUUCCGCACCUCUGUCAACCUGUAA